CUGUGUGAAAUCCGCAUUUGUUCCACUCGACCGUAACUGACGUCGCAGUAGUUUUAUUUAAAUCAACGCUUGAGAAAAGGUUUGCGAUAAAUUGGAAAUGAAUUUUAAAAUCCGCGCUGCAAGAAAAGAGGAUUGUAAGGAUAUAUCUAGAAUGAUUAUGGAGUUGGCUGUGUAUGAGAAAAUGCCUGAACAAGUGAAGAUUUCCAAUGAAGAUUUGGAGCGAGAUGGGUUUUCCCCAAACCCUUUCUUUGAAUGCCUGAUAGCAGAAGUGUCUGAUGAAUAUAUGAACAAAGACGGUAAAAUAUGUAUUGGAUAGGUAGCGGUGGCGAAGCGGUGUGUGAGGCUGCAGUUUUCUGUUUUGGAGUGGAACAAACCAUCACUGGACUUUUAUUUUACCAAGGGUGCAGAGGACCUGACUGCCAAAGAAGGUUGGCACUUCUUACGGUUUCAUGGACAAGCACUAGACCAAUUAGCUAGGGAAGCACCUAAUAAUUAGAUGGUUUUGUAGGCCUUGGUCUUAAAAAAUUCCUCCUGUUCUUAUAAAAUAUAUAAACCCUAACCCUAUUUGCUUUCUUGCAUAACACACUAUACACAUUUUAAGUCACCCAUUUGGACUAUGGCAUUACAGAGAGAAUAAAGAAUCAUUAUG